AUGAAUAUGUUGGAUAGUCCAUCCUACGAAAUAGAUGAAGGGCCUCUCGGGCCAUUUGAUACUCCUCAGAAAUAUGAGAAAAUUAUUGAAAAGCUGCAAGUUAUGAUUGACAACAAUAACUGGAAUAUCCUUUUUGAAACGGCGAUCGAAGACGCUCGUGGUACAGGCGCAAGAGAAAUGCAAUAUAUAAAAACUUUGACCGAUUACUACAAUUUUCUUAAUUAUUUUGUGAGAUGGGUGCCUACGGAAAGAGAAUCAGGAACUUAUGUUCAUCGUAUGAUGAAGACAAUGUAUUUUGUCCUCUCUCAGAAACCUGUCGAACAGCUUCAGUCACCCAUUGCACCUUGGAGUAAUCCGCCGUAUACUGAGCUAUCCCAAUGGAUACUCGAUUUUGCCAAAGAAUUAGGGAAAUUUCUUAGUACGAAAGAGUCAAUUACUGAAGCAUCUCUAAAGACUUUUUAUACUGCACAGGGUUACAACCUGGAUGCUUACGAGAUAUCUGCCGGAGGUUGGAAAUCUUUUAACGAUUUCUUCACCAGAAAACUUAAGAAUGGAACUCGACCCAUUGACGGCCCUUCCAAUCCAGCAGUUAUCGUGAGUGCUGUAGACUCAUCCUUUGGUGGUUGUUGGAGUAUAGGUGAAGAAUCGGUUGUCGUUUUAAAAGGCCUCUCCUGGAGCAUUAAACAGUUACUUAGUGACAGUAAAUACAAAGAUGAUUUUGCGAGCGGGCUAUAUAUGCAUGAAAAGCUCUUGGUAACCGACUAUCAUCGUAUACAUGCUCCUGUCGAUGGCACAGUGCUCGAAGCCAAAGUCAUUCCAGGUCUGGCAUAUUACAAGGUUGUUGCCUCAGGCGAACCAGGAUCAUCAGUGUCUCUUCGAAAAGUGGAGAGUGAGAGCAAAAUUACCCUAAAUGUUACGAGCGUUGAUGGGUUUCAAUUCAGCCAGGCUCGCAAUAUGAUUAUAAUCGAUUCACCAAUUGGAAAAGUAGCUGUUUUACCGAUCGGUAUGGGUCAAGUAUCUUCUGUAGUUCUCACCGUUAAGGUAGGGCAAAAAUUGAAGAAAGGAGAUGAGAUAUCGUUUUUACAGUUUGGUGGAUCUGAUUGCGUUCUCGUGUUCCAAAAUGAAAGCCAAGUUAGUGCACUUGCUGUUUCAGGAAAACAAUAUAGAGUGGGCGAACAGAUUGCAAUUGCACAUAAG